AGCAUUUGCGCAGCUUCACUGAGGUGUGUUGCAGCUUGAUUAUUAUUACAUGCGUCUAAUUGGAUUGGGUGCUAGUGAUCGGUGGAGGAUUAAAGGCUGCCGAGUGAGAGACGGUCGCUGCGCUCUUCAUUCAUACAUACAGACAACAGAAUGAAGGAUCCACAGCUACCAGAAGUGUGUCGACUCUGCAACCUGUGAUGCAUGGUCUUAGAGAGGCUCUUAAUCCACCCUGCUUAAAGACUUUCCUAUUCAGACUGAUCUUGCCUCCAGAGCACACAUACUGGACGUUUGAGCUAAAAUAGAAAGGACAGACAUGGAUUAGGAUUAUAAAAGAACAUCUAUAGAGAUGCGACUCUAAACAUGCCACGUGAAACUGGUACCAAAACACUAAAUAUCUGGGCAAAGCGGCACGCAAAGAAAGGAAAGAAUGAGGCAGCAGCACAACCCGUUCAGAAAGAGGCAGAAGCACGAAAGCCUCCGGUUCUCACACCCGAACAACGAGCAAAGCAGACAGCCUUCGAGAGGGUCCUCUAUGACAUGUCCCACAACGACCGGGUCAUCAAUGACAUCAUUCUGGGCCGCAGGAUAGGUUUCUACGAUCUCAGAGGAGAAAUAGGGACUGGAAAUUUCUCCCAGGUCAAACUUGCUGUUCAUGAGUUGACCAAAGAGCGUGUUGCAGUCAAAAUUCUUAACAAGGCACGUCUCGACAAGAAGUCGCAGAAUUUAUUUGCCUCAGAGAUCAUGUGUAUGGAAAAACUCUCCCAUCCAAACAUCGUUCGUCUGUAUGAAGUGCUUGAGACGGGUAAGCAUGUGUACCUCGCUAUGGAGUACGGCAGCGGAGGCGAUCUGUUCUCACGCAUCACCACCAGAGGACGCCUGUCAGACCUGGAGAGCAAACUCAUCUUUGCCCAGAUCGUCUCAGCCAUUAAAUACAUGCAUGAAAUCAACAUCAUCCACCGUGACCUGAAAGCCGAAAAUAUUUUUUACACCACAUGCUACUGCAUCAAAGUGGGCGACUUUGGUUUUAGUGUGUUUAGUGAGCCCGGCGAAACUCUCACCACGUUUUGUGGUUCCCCUCCAUAUGCAGCUCCCGAGCUGUUCAGGGACAAGAGCUACAUGGGCCGUUAUGUGGACGUCUGGGCGCUGGGCGUCCUCCUCUACUUCAUGGUAACCGCCACCAUGCCUUUCUUCGCUGACAACUUAGGCCGACUGAAGCGCUGCAUCCUGCAGGGGGCAUACAGCAUCCCGUCCUAUGUCCCGGACUCCUGCCAGCUGGCCAUCAAGGGGAUGCUGAGACCUGUACCUGUGGACCGCAGCACACUGUCACAGCUGAUGAUCUGCUCCUGGAUGCAGUGCAUCGAAUACCCCAAACCUUACCCCACAUUCAGCGGGACACCCGGCUAUCUGGCUGACCCUGCCAAGAGCCUGUGUGUGGAGGAGCAGGAGGUAAAGUCAGCUCUAAGCGAGCUGGGUUUAAGCGGGACACAUCUGCAGAAUAACACCUGCACUGACUGCCGCAGCCCGAUCACAGGAGCCUACCGUAUCCUGCUGCACCGCAUCCAGAAGAGGAGAUCCGUGGAGGCAGUGGGAUAUUCAGGUCUCUACCCAGAGGAUUUCAGUAGCAAGAAAUACUGGGCCAACAGCCCGACGGCAAAACACAAUCCUUCCGCAGUGUGUAAUGUCCUGUGAAGACCUUAUUUUGAAACGGAUUAUGUGAAUGAGGCCACAUUACAGGAACUGGUGAAUUGAAAUUCAUGCAAUUAUUUCCAGUUUAAGGGUUAGUUCAACCAAAAUUUACAUUUCUGUAAUUAAUUACUCUCCAUCUUGUCGUUUUCAUCCAAUGAGACCUUUAUUUAACUUCAAAACACAAAUUAAAAUAUUUUGAAUGAAAUCAGAGAGCUCCAUCAUCCUCCGUAGAUAACAAUGGUUCUGAUAUAUUCAAUCAAGACAAGGAACCAAAAACAUUCCAUGCGACUUCAGUGGUUUAAAUGUGAUAAUAUGAACCUUUAAAAACACUUUUGUGUGCCAAAAAACUCUGAAAAUAAGUCACAUGGAAUGUUUUGAUAAUGUUUUUGUUUCAUUUCCUGGACUCUGAUAGUCUCUUGACUGUUUCUGACUGUAGAGAGUUCUCGAAUUUCAUCUAAAAUAUCUUAAUGAAGGUCUCAGGGGGUUGGAAUGACAAGAGCGAGUAAUUAAUAACAGAAUUGUAAUGUUUUUUGCAGGAACUAACACUUUAAUCCCAUGUUCACCAUCGAGGAAUGAUCACAAGAUCAGUCUCUUACAUUAGGUACUGUUUUUUUAAUAUAUCAAUUUAAAAGCUGACCUUUAUCAGUGUUUUAAAUGUGAUUUCAAAGCAAUGUCAGAUGAUUACAAGUCUCUUUUUAUCAAAUCAACAACAUACAGAAAAAACAACACGUUUAGACCUGUGCAGCCAGAUUCACAAAAGAAAUGCAACAGUAAACAUCAAAAACACAUGGCCCCUGAUUGCGAAAAUAAAUGAAUUAUGAGUGAAUCUAUCUAUCUAUCUAUCUAUCUAUCUAUCUAUCUAUCUAUCUAUCUAUCUAUCUAUCUAUCUAUCUAUCUAUCUAUCUAUCUAUCUAUCUAUCUAUCUAUCUAUCUAUCUAUCUAUCUAUCCUACCAGACAACUUAUCAACCUACCUACCAACCAACAAACCAAUUAAUCAAUUUACCAAUUAACCAACCAGCCUACCAGCUUAUCAAUCAAUCAAUCAAUCAAUCAAUCAAUCAAUCAAUCAAUCAAUCAAUCAAUCAAUCAAUCAAUCAAUCAAU